UGUAAUCUAUAAUAGACAGUAUAUAUAUACGACUAGUUUUGAUAAACUUGGCGAGAAUAACUUAUAGGCUAAUCCAAGGAUAAAGCUAUAUGCUGAGAAGAGCCUUCAAGGGCUUGUCACCAUUAACAUAUAACAAGUAUUAGAAGAGCAGCUUGUAUGUGGCAUUACGGGAUAGGCCGCGCGAUCGUUUAUUACGUUAAUAUUGGUAGCCCAAUGGAACAACGGCUGACCAAGAUCGGCCGGAGGGCGGCAAAAAAGACAUUGCCCGCCUGGGCAAAUGCUGAACAGAUGCCCUACAGAGUAUCAGGGUAUGCAACCGCUCUUAAGAAAGACGGUAUGGCAACUUGACCACGUCUC